AGAAAAGAGCACGAACAUGAAAAAUAUGUUGUUAAAACAUGAAAAGUAUCUCGUUCAAAUGAGAAAAGCAAGCAAAUAUUUGUAUUUGUUAUCUUGGUGGCGAAACUCCAAAAUACAGACGCUUUAAGGAGCACUUGAAAGCCGCACAGUGCUGCUCAGCGUCAGUAGCUGCUCUUGAAUGCAGCACGUCACCUUUUCUCCGACACAACAGAGAAACUGCUUGAAGGACAGAAAAGGAAAAACACCACGGAGCUACAGACAAGACAGAAUGACGAGCCUCCAGAUGAGCGCGAAGGAGGAGAUGUUGGAGAAGUUCCUGGACGCUGCGGCCAGAGGAGAUCUGAGCCAGGUGUCCACGCUGCUGUCCGGCGUCCCCUCGCUCAUCAACCAGACGGGAUACAGCGGCUGGACGGCGCUGAUGCUCGCCGCUCGCAACGGACACUAUCAUGUAGCCGAGGCGCUGCUGUCACACGGCUGUGACAAGUUCUCAGUGAACAGCUCGUCACAGACUGCCUACGAUAUCGCCAAGUUCUGGGGCCACAGACACGUCUCCAACCUGCUGAGUCGGACGGACGACGGCUGCCGGCGCAUCCUGCCGGGCUCCGACCUCAGCCAGCAGGAGAACUACUUCAGCAGGGAGACGCUGGACCGGCUGAGCGGGAAGAGGACGGAUACAGGCUGGUUGGAGGCCAAACAGAACGACCCGGACACGGUCUACAUCCUGUUCUCCAACCUCAGUCCCAUGGUCAGCAGCUUGCAGGAGGAAGGCAGCGCGGGGGAGGAGACCAGGCUGUGUCGGUUCAGAUAUGAGGAUGUUAAAGACCUUCUCCAGAAACCGCACACUGUGCUCAUCUUCAUCGGAGUAGAGAAGAGGAAAAAGCCCUCCUCUUCCUCCUCUUCGCUGCAGACUGACGGAGGCAUCUGGGAGCCUGCUGCUUGGUUCGCCAUCAACACAGACGAAGACGCAGCUGAACUUCUUAAACGCUGUAGAGAGAAGAACUGCUCCUUCCCAAAGACACCCAACAGAGACCUGCUGAAACUCAGCGAGGAAGAGGCCGGAGUGGUGGCUCAGGCUCGGUCGGUGUUGGCCUGGCACAGCCGCUACAGCUUCUGUCCGACAUGCGGCGGCAGCACCAAGCUGGAGGAGGGCGGAUACAAGAGGAGCUGCCUGAACGCCAACUGCAGGAGUCUGAAGGGAGUUCACAACACCUGCUACCCACGAGUCGAUCCAGUGGUCAUCAUGCUGGUGAUUCAUCCAGAUGGAAACCAGUGUUUACUGGGUAGGAAGAAGGUCUUUCCAGUCGGCAUGUUCUCCUGUCUGGCUGGAUUCAUAGAGCCUGGGGAGACGAUCGAGGAGGCGGUGAGGCGGGAGACGGAGGAGGAAAGCGGCAUAAAGGUCGGACCGGUUCAGUACGUCUCCUGUCAGCCAUGGCCGAUGCCCUCCAACCUCAUGAUCGGCUGCCUCGCCGUCGCCAUCUCGACCGACAUCAGGGUGGACGAGAACGAGAUCGAGGAGGCUCGGUGGUUCCCGCGGCAACAGGUGAUCGACUCGCUGUUCAGAGGAUCCCGUCCGACCUUCACCGUCCCUCCCAGACAGACCAUCGCCCACCAGCUGAUCCGACACUGGAUCGGCAUGAACUCUAACCUCUGACCUUUAGCCUGCGACCUCCCAGCCAGUUGAGGUAAACCUGCAAACUGUCAGAUGAGUCUAAAAAAAAAAAAAAAAAAACAACCAGCAGCUGUCCGAACGGUUGCUGCUUAAUUACCACAAACCAGCUGCCAGUCAAUGACGUCGCCGGAUACGACGGAGGACGCUUCUCGACACAGCGCUUUGAUUUGGUUUGUAUUUACUGAUAAAUGACUCCCGGUCAUAUAAAAAGCUCUGCUCGUGUGAGGAAUAACCCGACUUUUGUAGUAGCUAACGUUAAAGGAGAAGACAAAGUGCACAAAGUGAGGAAAUGUGAUAAACACUAGAUGCUCAAUUUGGAUCUCAGCUCUGAUUUCCUAUUUGAGAACUUGCAGUUUGAUGAUUUGACAAGGAGGAAAUAGUGAAAUUGUGCACUGUUGGGUAAUAAAUACCGGACGAAAACAGGAAGCUUGUAUCACUCAUGUGUAAUAGCGCCAAUUUAUUUAUUUCACAAACAGUCGUAUGAGCCGUGUGGACCAACCCACAGCUACGUUUUCACAGUAAACAAUGUCAACAGCACCGAUACUUACAGUGUAACAAAAGCAACAUUUACAUUUUAAAGCAUGAUUUAAAGUCAUAUUUAAAAAAAUAAACUUUACUUUUAAUAAAA